AUGGGCUGCACCGUCCGAGAGAAACACAUCCGAACAAAUCGGAGGGCCCGAUCGGUAAAACCCGAACCCGAUAAUUCCACCUCCGCUAACACCAAUGGCAAUGUCGAUAAAUCAUCCAGCGGCAAAACCUGCCUGAAACCUAAAGGUUACCAGAUGGGCCUCCAAGCCCUGUCCCAGAGCUCGAUGACGGGCCCGAGCUCCACGUUCGAAGAUAACGGGUGGGGUUACUGCACCGAGGAGCAGCUGGAGGAAAUUUUGCUUAAGAAUUUGGAGUAUCUUUACAACGAUGCCAUUAACAAGCUGGUGGCUUUGGGCUACGAUGAGGAAGUGGCAUUGAGGGCGAUUUUGAGGAAUGGGCACUGUUAUGGUGGGAUGGACGUCCUCACGAACAUCUUGCACAACUCCUUGGCCUAUCUCAACAGUGGCAGCACCACUGGAGCCGAGGAUGAACCGGAGCCCUCGUUUGCUGAUCUAAGGCAGCUGGAGGAGUACUCACUUGCCAGCAUGGUUUGUUUAUUGCAGCAGGUGAAGCCCCACCUAAGUAAAGGGGACGCCAUGUGGUGCUUGCUGAUGAGCGACCUCCACGUUGGCCGUGCUAGCGUGAUGGAAAUUCCCGUAUUGCCAUCCCCCGGCGGGAGCACAGGUGGUGGUGAGGGAGCACCGACGGGUGGUGGUGGGCCCCAUGAGGUAGUUGUUGGCAGUGGGGGCCCUGUUGGGGUGGCCCCUGCCUUGUGCAGGUUUCAUGGCGGCUGGGGGUUUGGAAAUGGCGGCACAUCCGAGUAUCCUGCAAAUGGGAUGAGCGGAUUCCUAUCGUAUGCAUCCGAAAUGGCCCUGCAGAGGGAGAUUGAGUGCCCGAAGAGGUUCAACCUCAGCCCAUCCAUGAAGAGUCUGCUCAAGAGGAACGUGGCCAUGUUUGCUGCGGGUUUCCGAGCAAAUGCGAAGCAGUUUCACGGCCAGUCACAGGCCUGCAUGAGCUCCUUGUCCAGUGGGAGCUCAUCCGGGCCCCUGCCAGCUGGUGAGGAGUCCCAGCACUCAAAAAAUCAGGACGUGGUGAACUCGGUCAUGAGCAAAUUCCGGGACCUGAACCUGGACGAGACCACAGAGCAUGUGGCCCUGGACCAGAAAGACGAAAUGAUCCUGAGCCUGGUCCACCAGAUCAAGGACCUGGAGAAGCAGGUGAAAGAGCGCAAGGAGUGGGCCCACCAGAAGGCCAUGCAGGCUGCCCGGAAGCUGAGCCACGACCUGACUGAGCUAAAGAUGCUGAGGAUGGAGAGGGAGGAGACUCAGCGGCUCAAGAAGGGGAAGCAGACGCUGGAGGAAACUACCAUGAAGAGGCUGGGUGACAUGGAAGGUGCCCUCAGGAUGGCCAGUGGCCAGGUGGACCGUGCGAAUGCUGCUGUUAGGAAGCUUGAGACAGAGAAUGCAGAGAUUAGGGCAGAGAUGGAGGCAUCGAAAUUGAGCGCAUCCGAGUCAGUCACGACCUGUUUGGAGGUGGCCAAGAGGGAGAAGAAAUGCCUCAAGAAGCUGCUGGCGUGGGAAAAACAUAAAGCCAAGGUGCAGGAGGAGAUUGCAUCCGAGAAGCGGAGGAUCAUGGAGCUAGAGCGUGACCUGGCUCAGGUGGAGGUAGACACCAAGGAAGCUGAGGCCAAGUGGAGACAAGAGCAAAAGGCCAGAGAACUAGCACUCGCGCAAGUAGAAGAAGAAAAGCGCCUCAAAGAAGUCUCGGAGGCCAACAACAAGAGGAAACUGGAGGCUCUCCGCCUCAAAAUCGAGAUCGACUUCCAAAGACACAAGGACGACCUCCAACGACUCGAACAAGAGUAUGCCCGUCUCAAGGAAUCUGCUCAAUCCGAGGUCGAGAAUCAAUCGAUCAACAACUCUUGGACAGAGAAUGUGAAACCCCCGAAAGGCGGUGAAACCAUAGCAAGGCUUCUGCACGAGCUCGACCAGACCCAAGAAGAAAAGCCGUCCGGCUGUGAUCGUGAUUGCAUGAUCUGCAUGAAAGACGAGGUCUCAGUUGUUUUUCUUCCUUGUGCCCAUCAGGUCAUAUGUGCCAGCUGUAACGAAGGCUAUGGCAAGAGAGGGAACAAAGCUGCUGCUUGUCCAUAUUGCCGGGUCCCGAUCGAGCAGCGGAUUAGGGUUUAUGGGGCUAGCUCGUGA